AUGGGACGAGUAGCGAGUAUUCUGCAGGGUAUGAAGGGGGUAAUAGAGCUCAACGUCACCUUCGAUGAUGUCUAUGAAAAGCUGUUGGAUCUGGACUCACCACGCAACAACGAUGCACAGGCGGCUGGAGAAGCCUACCAUAUCAGGCGAGGAAAUCCAACACACGGAAGCAACAACAAAUGCAUCAAGAAUGAUGAAUAUGCAAAAAGUCAUACGCACAAAGAUUGCCAGAAACUUAAAGCUUUCAGAGUCAAAGAAAAGUCUGCUGCAUCCGGCAACGUCAAUAUCAUGUCAUGUCCUGCAUUUCACACAAAACUAGACCUUUCCUGGAUUCCUGACCUCUCUGACCUCCCCAAACUCGAAGAAGUUGAUGCAUUUACUAUGUCAGUUUCCUUCGACUUUACAACUUUCUCGGAUAUCUCGGAUGUAACAAUGGAAGACUACUUUGGCUUUGUUGGAGAACUUUCAACAUCUGACAACAAGGUAUGGAUCUUUGACCCUGUCACAACUAACCACAUGACCGGAACUCAGGUUACCACCCCCUCACCUUACAGUGGAACAGUCAGUGUCAGCAGCCAUCGCAAGCUCAAGAUAACCGGAAUUGGAAAUGUCACCAACAAUGGAUCACAUGGCCCCAUUACUCUGCGGAACGUAUUUUUAAUUCCAGAACUCGCCAACACCAAUCUAAUAUCUUUGUCAUGUAUUAUCGAAAUGGCAUUCACAACAACAGGAACGGAAAAUGUCGUUACCAUUUAUAAACCUAACAUACUGGUAUUUACAUUUUUGAAACCAAGGAACCUUGCGCAUACAUCUCUAUCGCAACCAGAUUCUAUGACUAGCACCAACGACUCGGACAUCUCCCCACUUCCUCACUCUUACGAUUACGCAACAUGGUCGCCGACUCAAAAUCUUUCCCCACAACAAGUCACAUGGAAACAUGGAACAGAUGUGAACUCACCAAAUCCACCAAAUCACACCUCGCUCCUCUUACCGAACCACGAUCGAGACAACCACUUGAACUAA